UCCCGUCUUUGUCUCUCCCUCUGUACCGUAAAUUCAAAGUAUGCAUCUCGAUCGCUGAUUUAUUUUCGAAAAAAGUUGACUGAAAAUCGUCGGUAAGUCACCCGUUGUGCUCAUUCCCGAGUCCAGUGGACGCAAAAGUUCGGUUUUUUGCCCUCGGCUAGUGAAAAUGUCGCGUGAAAGAGCAUCUUCGAGGAGGUUUUACCGCUCCGAGUCCUACUUCAACCUUAUGGCCUGUAUGGACAGGGGCACCCAAGCCGAGGAGGAGAACCGAUGGACUUUUGAAAUCGCCUGGGAGGCGGCCAAUAAAGUUGGGGGGAUUUACACAGUAAUUCGGUCAAAAUCGUACGUCUCGACUGAAGAAAUGGGGGACCAGUACUGUCUCAUUGGCCCCUAUAAGGAGUUUCAUGCACGGACUGAAGUCGAAGAGGGGCCCCUAGGGUCGGACCCGCUCAACGAAGCCGUGCAAGCUUUACGCGACAAGGGCUUUAAAGUGCACACCGGCCGUUGGCUUGUCGAUGGGAAUCCCCAAAUAAUUCUCAUGGAUAUCGGCUCAGCGGCGUGGAAACUCGACGAAUACAAAACGGAAUUGUGGGAAAAAUGCAAUGUGGGAGUCCCCCAUCUGGACGUCGAAGCCAACGACGCCAUUAUCCUCGGCAAUAUGGUGGCCGAUUUCAUUGCCAACUUUAAAAAUUGCGCUGAUCGCUAUGGUGACGGCAUACCGGCCCGAAUUGUUACGCAUUUUCACGAAUGGCAAGCCGGGGUCGGGCUUAUAACUUUACGGACACGACUGGUUAAGGUGGCAACAGUGUUUACCACACAUGCGACUUUACUGGGUCGGUAUCUGUGUGCCGGUAAUACAGAUUUCUAUAAUAAUUUGGAUAAGUUUGUUGUGGAUGAAGAGGCGGGGAAAAGGCAAAUUUAUCAUAGGUAUUGCAUCGAGAGGGCCGCCACGCACCUCGCACAUGUUUUUACCACAGUGUCGGAUAUUACAGGCUUUGAGGCCGAGCAUUUACUCAAACGCAAACCGGACGUGAUCACUCCGAACGGCCUCAACGUGAAAAAAUUCUCCGCCUUGCACGAAUUCCAGAACCUGCACGCCAUCUCCAAGGAGAAAAUUCACGAAUUCAUCCGCGGCCAUUUCUACGGCCACUACGACUUCGACCUCGACAAAACCUUGUAUUUUUUCAUCGCCGGCCGUUACGAGUUUUCCAACAAGGGCGCCGACAUCUUCAUCGAGGCCUUGGCCCGCCUCAACCACUACCUCAAGUCCACGCACCCGGACAUCACCGUCGUCGCCUUCCUCAUCUUCCCCACGCGCACCAACAACUUCAACGUGGAGUCGCUGCGCGGGCACGCCGUCACCAAGAGCCUCCGGGACACCAUCAGCGACAUCCAGACCCGCAUCGGCAGGCGCAUGUACGAGGUCUGCCUCAGCGGCCACCUCCCCGGGGACGAUCUGCUCAAAAAGGAGGAGCUGGUGCGCCUGAAGCGGUGCAUUUUCUCCCUCCAGAGGGACGGUCUGCCGCCGGUCACCACGCACAACAUCGUGGACGACUGGAACGACCCGGUGCUGGCGAGUGUCCGGCGGUGUAAUUUAUUCAACACCAAGUAUGAUAGGGUUAAGAUUGUUUUUCACCCGGAGUUUCUCUCCUCGACGAACCCGCUUUUCGGGCUGGAUUACGAGGAGUUCGUGCGUGGGUGCCAUUUGGGGGUUUUCCCGAGCUACUACGAGCCGUGGGGGUACACGCCGGCUGAGUGCACGGUUAUGGGAAUCCCCAGUAUUACGACGAAUUUGUCAGGGUUCGGGUGCUUCAUGCAGGAGCAUAUCGCCGAUCCGAUGUCCUACGGGAUUUAUGUCGUGGAUCGUCGGUAUAUUUCGUUGGAGGCUUCGGUGCAACAAUUGGCGCAGUAUAUGUACGAUUUUGCACGAUUGAAUCGAAGGCAGAGGAUCAUUCAGAGGAAUAGGACGGAGAGGUUGAGCGAUAUGCUGGAUUGGAGGAGUCUAGGAGUGUACUACCGGCAGGCGCGUAUGAAGGCCCUCCACAGCGUUUUCCCGGACUAUAAGGAGGAGAUGGACAAUGGUAUCGCGACUUUGAAAUAUCCGAGGCCUAUUUCAGAGCCUCCUUCUCCUAGUUCAAGUCGGGUGACUACGCCAGCGGCGUCCCUUCAUGGCAGUGAUGAUGAAAGCGAUUCGGUUGAUGAAGAACGGGAAUUGGAAGAAUUGAAAAUAAAUCAUCACUGAUGUAGUGACUGUUAGAAGAGGAUAAGACUUUGCGAAAAUACUCUCUAAAUUGUAUUUUUUAAACGAAUUGUUGCUAUUUUUGUAGUUUUAUUGUUUGUUAAGAUCAAGGCAAAAUAAUAAACGAUUUAUUGAAA